AUGGAGGCAGAGAUAAGAGGCCUCACCCCGAGGGUAGUUUCAGUGGGUGUCAGUCAUAUGGUAGGGGUUCUUUUGGGAGAGGCUAUCCACCACAGUAUCCAACUAGUAGACCAGUAUAGGCAGCCUUACAUCUUACCAAUGGUGGAUCAGCAGGUGUUGGCAUUCAGAGCUGCCAGACUUUGGGGUCCAGCAAUGUUCUCUAAGACAUACUUGAGGUCAGGGUAUCACCAACUGAGGAUUAGGGAGUCAGAUAUCUGGUACAUGGUGUCCAAGGAUGAGAUUAUGGUAGGUACGGUGAAGAUAGCGGCAGUUUGUGAUUGCGCUAGGACUACUUCUUCUAUCGAGGUUCAUAGUUUCAUUGGGUUGGCAGGGUAUUACAGACGGUUUGUGGAGGGGUUCUCUUCUAUUGUAGCUCCUUUGACCAUACUGACUCAGAAGAAUGUUCAUUUCAAGUGGUUUGACGAGUGUGAGUCAAGCUUUUUGAAGCUCAAGAACUUGUUAACUUCAGCUUUGAUUUUUACUCUUCUUGUUGAGGGUUAG